CUUGUGUCGCGUUCCAACAGUGAAACCAGUUUAUUGCCGGUAGUGCGUGUUGUUUAUCUUGAGUUGACGUUUUGGUUGUUUACAUUUGUUCUUAUGAAGUAUAUGUACUUUUGCACUGCCUGAGUUUUCACGAUAUAUGAUGUUGUAAAGAGGACCGAGUUGCGGAUGACGACACGUAGAUAGUGUUUGAGAGCUGUGUUGAAAAUUCCCCAUUGUUGAGCCCCACCCGUUCACCAUGGUGACAUACUGCCAGCAGAUGGUCAUGUUCUCAAGCCUCUAUGUGGGCUACAUGCUGUUUGUCUAUGUGAGGAAGUCCUUCUCCUUCUCCACACCUGCCAUCAUGGAGGAAGAUGUCUUAGAGAAGAGCCAGCUAGGUUUGAUAGUGAGCAGUCAGAUGUUCGGCUACAUGGUGAGCAAGUUCAUCAGCGGCAUCAUGGUCGACUUCUACAGCCCCACCUUCCUGUUUGCUGCGGGACUGUUCUUCACCGGACUCACUGCCGUCAUAUUUACAGUGUUCAACUCAUGGAUGAUGUUCACAGUCAUCUGGUUCCUCAAUGGUAUAGUACAGGGGACAGGCUGGCCGGCCUGUGCUGUGCUCAUUAAACGGUGGUUCUCUCCGGAUCAGUUUGGCACGUGGUGGAGCAUACUGUCUACGUCAAUGAACACUGCUGGCACCGUGGGUCCACUGGUGUCAGCAGCCCUUGUUACCUCGCACGGCUGGAGGAUAGGAAUCAUUGCAUCAGGUUUGAUGGCGAUGUGUUUUUCUGGGGUGUGUCUGCUGCUGCUGCAGGACUAUCCCCCGGGCAGUGAACCAAGUGCUAGACCCGAUGCUCCCAAACUCAAAGAUUUCUCAUUAGCGCAGCAGAAGUCUCGUCUGCCGGUGUUGUUCCGCUGUCCGUUGUAUGUGAUGGUCUGCAUCAACUACUGGAUUGUCUCCUUCAUACGUGGCGGAUGUAACGACUGGGGCCAGCUCUAUCUCAUAGAGGAGAAGGGGCAACCAUCAUUUAUUGGAAGUGCUUUCACAAGCAGCCAGGAAGUUGGUGGAAUUGUGGGAUCUGUACUGGCAGGCUACAUAUCGGAUUAUUUGGUUUAUAAGAAAGGAUGGCAGGUGAAUCCACGUCUCAAGGUGGUGUUGUGGUUUACCUGGAUGACAGCUGUGUGUAUCUACCUGUUGCUGUACUACGUUCAGGCGGACUCGCCUAAAUUUUGGGUGAGUGCCCUAGGGUUUGGUAUUGGCUUUGGACUGUAUGGUGCCACAGCCAUGUUUGGAGUCACAUCCAUGGAAACAGCUCCAUCUCGCAUGGAGGGAACAGCUCAUUCUAUUGCAGCCCUUGCUUCUAACCUGGGUAUUGUAGCAUCAGGCCUUCCUCUUAGUCUGAUUGCAAGGUUCUACAACUGGCAUGCAUCGUUCAUCGUCCUUGGUUAUCUAUCCAUGGGGUCAGCGUUGCUUGCCUACUUCAGUCAGUGGCCAUUCAGUCCGCCAUCAGAACAGGAAGAAGUUGAUAAUGCCGAGGAGAAGAAAACAAACUGAAGUGAUGUCAUCGUUGUUUUAUUACACAUCUCAGUCAGAAUAUCAUUCAGCAUAUUUUACAUUCAGAUGUUAAUUAUCCAGAUAAAUGAAUAGUGAAUGUGUUUACAUCUAAACAGAAACAGUUCUUGAAUCGGAUUGAAAAGACAAGAUGAGGAGUUUAGUAAUCAAGUUAUUUUCAAAUAAAAGCUAAAACAAAUAUUGAUCCUAGUUAGGCUCCAAUCUCAUCAUUGUUUUGACAUGCUCAUUGAGACAAACACAAUAUUUACCAUAACUUCAGCUUGAAAUUCUAUAUAUUCAAUGAAAUCGUGAUUCUCUGGAUUCCUGAUGAUGUCUGUCAUCCAUUGCAAAAAACUUCACUAUGGAAUCAUUGUUUUGUGUGUGAGACCUUGUCAGCUACCCAAGCUCAUUAUCAGUUUACAGUAUUAAAGCAGUGUUUUAAAUUCAGAUAUUUUCAAGCCAGACUGGAGGACUGGCAAGAAUUCAUAAUAAAAGUUGCCAGUCCAGACUUUUUUGGUAACUGUGACAAUGUUCCAUACAUUCCAUGUUGCCAUACCAAAGUCAAUCUCAUUAAAAUCAGAUCUUAGUUCUCGCUUCCGCUAAACAAAGAUCUGAGGGCAUCCCAUUAUGGGUCACGUCAGAACGACCUUUCAUCCGACCAAUCAAAGCGUCGCUUACCAGAUCA